ACUGAACAUUAAAGUAAAUGACAUGGUAAUGACAUGUCACCCCGCUCAGCCCUCUGAUGUCACUGACCCGCCCCAACAUCACUGGCACACACCCUACGUCGCUGACCCGUCCCCUACCCAUUUUCAUACAAAAAAAGGUGGCAAUUGUUCUAUUGGUGGAUAAGAAAAUACUUCAGCGGCACUCCGAUUAUGGUGAAAAAAUUGUUGCUUUAUUCGUGCCUCAAGCUAUUGGUGGAUAAGUCUCUGUUUAGGAUACUAUUGAAAACUUGGAGUAGGGCAGGUAUUAUUUCCUAAUUUUUAACAGAUUCUGGCACCCCUCUUAUUCGUAUGUUAUUUCUCCCCCCUCAAGUUGCCUUUGUAUUUCGUUUAAUAGUGUGUUAAGUGAUAGUAAAGCUGUAUGUUUGCUCCUUUGAUUGGAGAUCAGCUUACUUUGAUUAGUCUUGAGGUCUUCCGUUCUGUUGGAUAACGUUAAUAAGUCCCUUUUUAUCUCUCUUAAUUCUUCUUUCAGGGUUGAGAUGAACUCCUGCAACAUUUCCUGGAUGUCUGUUUUUGACGGCAGGUAAGCUACUGUAAGUAAGUUGAGAUCUCUGUUUCUUCUUCCAGGUCUCUCUCCUUUUCUGAGAGAUCAUGUUGUGUGUUGCCUGUUUCCUCUGCUCGUGUGUUGGCGCCAUCUUGUGUGGAGUGUGUUCUGCUUUCUUUCUUGUGAAUAGUGGUUCUGGCUUGGCUUGUGUUAGUGAUUGCCUUUUCUCCUGCAUCUUCUCUCUUUUCGGUUUGUGCUUCUGAGUUUUGCCCAUCUUCUCUUUCAGUUUUUAUGGCUGCACUGGCUAUAGACCAUCCAGAGCACUUUCUCAAGCUAUCAUCUGGCACAAAGUGACAUUCCCCCGGCAGGAGUCUGAUGAUGACAAGGAACUUUUUUACCACCAUUAUGAGGGUUUUAAUACUCAUUCUGAUACCAGGGACUUUAGGACAACGCUGGUCAUUCUCCUUUCCACGGAGAAUCCAAGCAUUGAAAGGUUCCUGUGUAGAGAUCCCCUGUUCUUAUACUCGUCCAGCAAGUCAGCGGCCUCCCAAUGUGAUUUGGUAUCUGUAUAAUAAUAUCAAUUAUAUUAGGGUAUUUGACAGUCAGGACAGUAGGAAAGUCUCGGCUGAUUACAGAUCCCGCACAAAACUUGUGCUAAAUGCACCAAACAGCUGCACUCUGCAUAUAUCCAAUGUGAGAAGAGAAGAUGAAAAUGAUUACUACCCAGGAGUAGAUGAUGAAAAUGUAAUUGACCCAAAUGCUAGAACAGUGCACAUUAGUGUCACAGAUGUCCCUAAUAAUAUAAAUCUUCAAGGACCAGGAGAAAUGGCUGAAGGAACCCCAGUCAUUAUUAGAUGCUCAGUAGAACAUUCCUGUGGCUCUGAUCCUCCAACUCUCCAUUGGAACAAGAGAGGACAUCCUGUUAGGACAGGACAACAACAUCUCUCAGGAGGGACAUGGGAAGCUUUAUCUGAAAUUAAUUAUUCUCCUACAUAUGAGGAUGAUAGAACUGAAAUACAGUGUUCAGUCGCUUACCCAAAUGGGCAAACCAGCCACCAAGCAACUCCACUCAACAUUAUGUUUGCUCCUAAGGAAGUCCAACUCAUAAAGUAUGAAAAACAAGAUGGAAGUGUUGAAUUAAAGUGUAGUUUCUCAAGCAGCAGCCCCAAUGUAACUCACUUCACAUGGCUGAAGAAUGACUUGCCUUUCACAACUCAAACACAGCCAAUUCUAACACUAGAAAAUGCUGGAAAAAACUCAGGGGAAUAUCGAUGUAUUGCUCACAACAGGUUUGGAAAUUCUUCCUGUGAUAAACAAAUUACCAUUCAAUUUAAAGGUAAGUAUAAACAUAAGGAUUCAAAUAAAGGAUGUCAAACGCCAGGUUCAGCUCUAACCAUGUACAGGUUUUCCAGAAUGCUUGGGACCUAGGAUUCUACAUAGUUUAAGUCUGGUUUUGCCUCCAA